UGCCGAAGGCGCGCGCAUGCCUUCAUGGGCUCCGUGGAUGACUGCGUCUCCAGCCGGCAAAGCCAUGUCCGCUUGCGACCUGCAGCCUGGUUCUGUGGUGAACGUGAGCGACAUCUUCAGCGACGACUUCGUGGAGAGCGUGCUCGACUACCUGGGCACCGAGGAGCUCUUCGCGUGCGCCGAGGUGAACCGGCUGUGGCAGUCGGUCGCCAUGUCUCUGCUGAGGAAGAGACUGAUCUGCGUCUCCAUCUGCUGUUCACCGGAAUCAGAGCAGCCGACGCCGGAGCCAGUGCUGGACAGGCCUCACGCAUGCGCGGAGAUCCUGCGCUCGAAGUUCGCUCGCUACCGCAACAUCGCGCGCCUGGCCGGCAUGCGUCCAUCGCUUGUGUUCCUGUCCUAUCACGCCGACCUGAACGAGGACGGGAGGGUGGUGGACUGCGUGCGCGAGCUGCUGCCUCCGAACUUCGUCAUCGCGUAUUUCCAUCUGAAGCCCAUCCGACUGGCCGACGACUCCGAUGACAGCGCACACGGAGGCAUCUUCGGCGAGGUUCUUUUCCACGCCGAACCAGCCGUGCGACCUGCGCCAACUGACGACGAGCUGCAGCAACCGCCGCCACUGGACAGAUCUGUCCCCGGGUGA